GCAUUCCGAGAAUUGAACCCCGGAACUCUCGCACCCUAAACAAAUAUCAUACCACAAGACCAAAUAGCCUAAACUGCCAAUUAGCCAUCAUUUUAUUAAUAUUUAAAUAAUAUGCAUAUUCCUUUGUAUCGAACCGAAGUUAUUUACGGUGGAACCUGGUUCUCCAGCUCUCCUAAGUUUGUUCCCAGUUUUGUAUUUGCCAUCUAUACCAGGUUUACCUCUCUUGCUUCUCUUCGUCUUCAUCUCCCUUUCAUUUAUUCUACCAAAAGCGCCUCUUACUUGUCAUUUUUUUCCUCACAUAUCGUGCAAGACUCAUUUUUCCUUCUUUAUGCUCUAGUCUUAACAAUGCACUUCAACUGUUCGAUAUAAUGCUUCUUUAUACUAUUUGUUUCUGGUUUUCAGGGGGUGUUGUCUGUAAGAUGUUGAAGCAAGCGAUAUGGAAGGUGUUGAGCAAAAGGGUAGUUUCAGAGUCUGGUGAUAAACUUCUUUUGCCUUGCUUGUAUUUGCCCACGACUUCUUUUCACGCUGGACAGGUUCAUUGUUCACCAAGAAGUUUUUUUGGGGUAGAGGAUUUUCUUGAUGAUGAUAAUAGCAAGCCAUACACUUAUCAGAAAGGAAAAAAGUCGAAGAAUCCGAACAAGCAUGUCUCAUUUAAACAACGGACCGAAGCCUACAUGGAACCAUUUACACUCGAUGUCUUCAUCUCGAAGCGGUUUGUUUCCGCUUCUGUCACACAUAGGGUGACAUGUAAGCAAGUUGCAGUCGCAGGCACAAACUCGAAAGACAUUAAAGCAGUACUGAGAUCCAGAUCGGACAUUCCGGCUUGCUUGGCAAUCGGGCGGAUAUUAGCUGAGAGAGCGAGAGAAGCCGAUGUGUAUACAGCUUCUUAUACUCCCAGGGAGAGGGACAAAUUUGAAGGCAAAAUCAGAGCUGUGGUUCAAUCCCUCAUUGAUAAUGGAAUUGAUAUUAAAGUUUAUCUUGAUUGAAUGAUUUGAAUUAUUGAUCUUUACACUCUUUACCCAAACCUUUUGAAAGAUAUUUGUGUUAUUUAAUUAAGCUUGUGAAUAUGCUUGACUGAUGUA